AUGGCCCGGCUCCCGGCGCCGCCAGAUCGCAGCAGCCUGGCGCCGGGGCGCUGCGCUGAGGCUCCCGCUCCGCGCCGCCCGGAGAGCCCGCAGGUGUCCUUGGCCGCGCGGCCCGGAGGCUCCUUCGCCGGCGCCCGGAGCCGCGCUCCCCGGAGCAUCCCGCCCCCCGGGAUCGGCGCCCCGUCUGGGACCCCCUCCGCCCGGCGCGGUCCCGGCCCCGCCGCUCCCAGCCGCCGCCGCGGACGCAGGGCCGGAGCUCGCUGCUGCGGGCGCUUGUUUUCCUGCCGCCGCCUCGCCCCGCGCGGCCCCCGCCCGCCCGACCGCCGCUCCCGGCGCGGCCCCGCCCGCCCUCGGCGCCCCGCGCUGGGUUUGUGA